AUGAACCUCGAAAAGUGUCAGCGUUUCCUAGAUUUCGGAUACAAUGCUAGGUGGACAACGAUUAAAGAAUCCGGGAUAUGCCGAAAAUGUUUAAAAAAACAUAAGGGGCCGUGCAAACUUCAACAACCCUGUGGGAAAAGUGGCUGCACGUUCAAACACCACCCGUUACUUCACAACAGUCAACGUGAUGGGGCAGCGUCCACCCAACACCAGGAGCGAGAAGAGAACAACUCAACGCCAAAAACUCCAGAUGAAAGAAACUGCCAUGCUCAUCACAGCUCCAUUACAAGGACGUUGUUCCGUGUCGUUCCAGUUAUGUUGUACAGUCGCGAUAAAGUCCUCAAGACGUACGCCUUUUUGGACGAUGGAUCGUCAUGGACUCUGAUGGACGCAGGACUUGCCGUAGAACUGGGUCUGGACGGAAAACUUGAACCAAUUUGUUUGAGAUGGACCGGAGAUAAACACCGGUACGAAAAUUCGUCUAGAAUGGUGGAGGUUGAUAUAUCCGGAACAGGCGAAAACUCCAAAAGGUACCCCUUGCGAGAUGUUCACACGGUCCCAAACCUCGGUCUCUUCCACCAAACACUCAGUAUGGAUGAUCUAGUCCGGCAGUAUCGUCACCUUAAAGGAAUCCCUGCCGUAUCAUACGACAAUGUUCAACCACGUUUGCUCAUCGGAGUGAACAAUGCUAAUCUCGGGCAUCCACAAAAAGGGAGAGAAGGAGGCAUGUGCGAACCACUAGCUACGAAGACUCGUCUCGGUUGGAUCAUUCAUGGCGGUUCAGAUGGCAGCGAGUUUACAGGACAUCAUAGUUGGACUGCUAGCGCUUGUAACGAAGACAGUAACGAAAACCUACACCAGAAAAUGCAGGAAUACUUCUCUUUGGAUAGUCUAGGUAUAACCAAACCAGAGCACCUUAUAAUGUCUGCGGAGGAUCAACGAGCACAAGACAUUCUGCGUACAAUGUUCAGGACAGAGAGCGGUCGAUUCGUUACACGCUUGUUGUGGAGAUUCGACGAAUUUCGGCUUCCCAAUAGUAAACCAGUGGCACUUCAGCGACUUAGAUGUCUCGAUGCUAGACUUAAAAGGGAACCCAAGUUAGCUCAAGCGAUGCAACAAAAGAUCAAUGACUAUUUGAAAGAAGGAUACAUCCGAAAGUUGACCAAUAUGGAGCUGGUACAACCAACGGCACGAGUUUGGUAUCUUCCAAUUUUCCCUGUGUUUAACCCAAACAAACCAGGGAAGCUAAGGAUCGUCUGGGACGCGGCGGCGAAAACGCAAGGCAUAUCGCUGAACACAAUGCUCCUUAAAGGACCAGACCAACUAGUUUCAUUAAACUCUGUCCUGUAUCAGUUCAGGGAGAACAAGGUGGCCAUCUGUGGAGACAUCAAGGAGAUGUUCCACCAAACACUUAUACAUAGAGACGAUCAGAACUGCCAACGUUUUUUGUGGAGAGAACAUCCGGGUGAUUUGGAACCCAGUACAUUCGUUAUGCAGGUCAUGACCUUUGGAGCGUCCUGCUCACCCAGCUGCUCUCAAUACGCUAAGAAUACGAACGCAAAAGAGCACGAAGUCGAAUUUCCCAAAGCUGCAGAAACAAUAAUAAAAAAGCACUAUGUGGAUGACAUGCUGGAAAGCGUGGAAACCGCAGCCGAAGCAAUCCAGCUGGCUGAGGAUGUCCGACACGUACACGCUCAGGCGGGAUACACCAUGCGGAACUGGCUCUCCAACUCUUCAACGGUUUUUGACGCACUACGUGUUGAUGGAGGAUACGAAAAGAGCCUGAAUCUAACGUCAGAGCUGGCGACCGAAAAAAUUUUGGGCAUGUGGUGGUGCACGGCGACCGAUACGUUCACAUACAAGUUGUCUGCGAAACACGAUACAGAGUUGUUGGCCGGGACGCGUAAACCAACCAAGCGGGAGAUGUUGCGGACUCUGAUGGCUAUUUUCGAUCCACUGGGGCUCGUUUCGAAUCUACUGAUUCUCCUGAAAAUACUUCUCCAGGAAGUUUGGCGAUCCUCUAUCGGUUGGGAUGAUGAAAUACCAGAUGCCCUCAACGAUAAAUGGGAGUUGUGGCUACGAUACCUUCCGAUGGUACAAUCGGUGAGAAUACCACGCUGCUACCGGGAUACGAUCAGCUACGGGGAAGACACGAAUGUUCAGCUGCACACCUUUGUAGACGCUAGCGAGUUCGGAUAUGCAGCUGUCAUAUAUCUACGUUUCGAACAACAGGGCAAGGUGGAAUGCGCGAUAGUUUCUGCCAAAGCAAGAGUCGCACCGCUACGGUUUAUCUCCAUUCCACGACUAGAACUACAGGCAGCUGUAAUCGGCUCGAGACUGGCAGACACCGUUGUAGGUUCACUUUCGUUCAAGAUCGACAAACGCAUCUACUGGACAGAUUCACGUGAUGUUCUAUGUUGGAUUCGAUCAGACCAUCGGCGUUACUCACAGUUCGUUGCAUUCCGCGUAAGCGAACUUCUCGAAACUACAACGGCGUCCAGUUGGCGGUGGGUAAGCUCUAAAGAUAACGUAGCAGAUGAAGCUACCAAGUGGCAGCGACAACCGGAUCUAGGAAGCAGUAGCAGAUGGUUCAAUGGACCGGAAUUUCUCUAUCAAAAUUCCGAAAACUGGCCAACUGAGCCUUCGCAUGAUAGAACUACAAAAGAGGAACUGCGCUCGCACCUACUUCACCACGGUACGGGGCCGAUAUCCGUAAUUGACUUCAACUGCUACGGUACAUGGGAAAAACUCCUUCGUGUGACUGCUAGAUUGUUCAGGUAUGUGCACAAUCUCCGCCAAACCGUCAUCGGACAAGACCGCAAAGGUGGUCCACUAUCAAGGUCAGAACUACAACGCGCUUCACUCUACGUCUACCGCCAAGUACAACAAGAAGUGUAUACCGACGAGAUGAGUUUACUGUCCAGUUCUGAGCAGCAUCAACUUCCCAAAACAAGUCCUAUCUACUCGUUUACACCAUUCCUAGAUGAGCACGGAAUAAUCAGAAUGCGGGGUAGAAUAGGAAAUUGCGAGUUUGCAACGAUGGAUGCUAAAAACCCCAUAAUUCUGCCCAAAAAACAUUGGGUAACCAAAUUACUCGUAUCAUACUAUCACGUGCUGUAUCAUCAUAGCAAUCACGAAACGGUAAUAAAUGAACUGCGCCAGGUAUACCGUAUUCCUCAGCUAAGAGUGUUAUACAAAAGCGUGAAAUCUGGCUGCCAAGUAUGUAAAAACCUAAAGGCUAUUCCAAAUCCUCCUAUGAUGGGUGAUCUACCGAGUGCUAGGCUAGCGGCGUUCUCAAGGCCAUUUUCGUUUAUUGGCGUGGACUAUUUCGGGCCAAUGUAUGUUACAGUUGGACGGAGACUUGAGAAAAGAUGGGGUGUACUGAUAACGUGCCUGACUGUGCGAGCUAUUCACGUUGAGAUUGCACAUUCCCUAAAUGCUGAUUCGUGCAUCAUGGCCUUACGAAACUUUAUGGCUAGACGUGGCGUACCGUCUCGAAUCUUCAGCGACCGUGGUACUAACUUCGUUGCGGCUAAUAAAGAACUUGAAGCAGCAUUGAAGGAGAUGAAUCAAGAGCAUGUUAUUCGAGAAAUUGUGAGUCCUCAUACCGAGUGGGAGUUCCUGCCCCCUGCAUCUCCACACAUGGGUGGUAGCUGGGAACGGCUCGUCCGCUCGGUAAAAACGAACCUACAGAAGAUGAAACCCCAACGUAAUCCGUCCGAUGAAUCCUUGCGCAAUACACUCAUCGAAAUAGAGAAUACUGUAAACUCUAGACCAUUAACGUUUGUGCCUAUAGAUGACCCUGAUGCCCCAGUUCUGACUCCGAACCACUUUCUAUUGGGGUCAUCCAGCGGAUUGAAACCUGCAGCACCCCUGGACGAUAGUAGUCGUUCUCUGAGACGGGCAUGGCGAGCCUCACAAGCAGAGGCGAAUCUUUUUUGGCGUAGGUGGCUGCGAAGCUAUCUUCCGGAGCUGACCAAAAGAUCUAAGUGGUUCAAUAAGGUCGAGUCGAUUAGUAUGAAUGAUGUCGUGGUGGUGGUGGAUCCCGGACUUCCUCGGAACUGUUGGCCUCUCGGGCGUGUCAUCUCCAUCAAAACCAGCAAGGACAAUCAAGUCAGAACAGCAACUGUCCAGACCAGAAGUGGAAUCUACGAGCGUCCGGCCACGAAGUUAGCAGUACUUGAUGUUCGACGCGAUGGACCAGUAAGCCAGGAACCUGGCGUACCCGGGGGGGGCUGUUGCGACCCCUCGGUCGGCGCGUCUCCACACAAGUCAAACGAAUAAGGGUCAGCUGUGGUAACGUCAACGUGACAUGUAGGUAGCCACCGAGCGAUCCGCUCGCCGUUGAUGAAUUGCAGAAAAAAUCAAAACAGAAGCUACAUAGAAUGUGAUGUGCAGUGAAUGCUAGCCAAAUUAUUAGAAUUCGUUAAUCUUAUACUGUUAUUAUUAGCAUUAGUAGAUCGAACGUGAACUUAUGUACUCGAUUGAAUAGUGUGCUGGUAUGCUUUGAAUUCGUGGGCCUCAUACCUUAAUUUGAACUUAAAUCUAGUUUUUUCUCUUAGAUAACCUAUAAUUGAAAUAGUACGGUGGUAAAUCUAAUCACAAUUAGUUAAUACUAAGUUCUAAAACUACAGAACUACUACGUAAGUUGAACAUUAUUGAAAAUUGAACUCCUAACAUACUGAACAAGAUCUAAUUGGACAGGUGGGCAGAUCCCUUUGAUGCUCUAGUCGUUGCGUCAGUACUUUAGCGAAAGUGGUCCAGGUAAAUCUAAUUGGAAUGAGCCUAGAGAUUUUUUAACUAGUAAGCUAAUGAAUUACAGAGCUAAUUCCCGAAUCAUAAAAGUGGCCAGAAGGAGAAAAACCAAACCGAAAUAAGAAAACUAAACGAUUUUUUUAAUACACCACUGCUAUUAAAAACACGGAAUUCUUACUUCUGACCGGUUGUCCGCCACACUCACCAUCCAUUGACACUCCUAGUGAUUUAGUUGAUGCCGUUGAUACUACAACGACCUUCAUCAUGGAAGCUUUUGAAGAAGCAUGCCCUCUACGGUCUGUGAAGAUCGCAAGAGGAACCCCUUGGUGGAACUCUGAUCUGGCGAAACUCAGGAAACAAUGUAGAAAGAGUUGGAACAGACGACGUUCGGCUGGUUCGGAGGCUUUCAGGUCGGCUCGCAAGGCCUACAGGAAAGCUCUCCGGUCUGCUGAACCUUUGCACAAAUGUUUCCAGUUUGAGUGAGGUCAGUCGGUUAAAUAAAAUCUAAGGAUUUCCGGGUGAACGAACUUCGUUUGCCAAAUGGCGAUCUGACUUCCUCUGAUGAGGAAGUUCUGGAAUGCUUAUUCAGCACACACUUCCCUGGAUGUGUGGAUAUCACAUCUUCGGAUGAAUCUGAUGUCUUUUCUUGUAGUUACGAUUCCCUGGCUUCGGCUCGGAGUAUUAUAACUUUAGAAUCGAUUGAAUGGGCACUUAAUAGCUUCGCUCCUUUCAAAUCUCCUGGGGCAGAUGGGAUUUAUCCUAUUUUGCUUCAGAAGGGAUUUGAUUAUUUCAAACAUGUUUUUAAAAAAAAAUACUUGUUUGCAGUUUUGCUACAGGAUAUAUUCCCAAAUCCUGGUGGGAUAUUACUGUGAAGUUUAUUCCGAAAGUGGGUCGUGCGUCGUAUGAAGAAGCAAAGAGUUUCAGACCUAUCAGUUUGACCUCUUUUCUUCUGAAAUGCUUAGAACGCAUUGUGGAUCAUCACAUCCGUGAUGUUCAUCUGGCCAACGUGCCUCUUCAUGUGAACCAACAUGCCUACCAAUCUGGUAAGUCUACUGUGACUCUUUUACACAAGGUUGUUUACGAUAUCGAGAAAGCAUUCGCUCAAAAGCAAUCUUGUUUGGGUGUUUUCUUAGAUAUCGACGGUGCCUUUGACAACGUGCCUUUCGAUGCCAUAUUGAAAGCCGCACGGAGUCAUGGUAUAUCUCCAAUGAUUUCCAAUUGGAUUCAUCAAAUGUUCAAAAACCGAUAUCUCUUCUCGACGUUGCGUCUAGCAGGGAUUAGGAAAUUGAGUGUUUGUGGCUGCCCCCAAGGGGGAAUCUUGUCACCGCUUUUGUGGAAUCUCGUAGCAGAUACGCUAUUGAGGCAAGUCAAUAAUAGCGGGUUUCUUACUUAUGGUUUUGCCGACGACUACCUAGCAUUGUUAGUUGGUAUGUGUAUAACCACCCUUUUUGACCUGAUGCAAAGCGCCCUUCAGGUAGUUGAGGGUUGGUGUCGCCAAUAUGGCCUUUCGGUUAAUCCGAGUAAAACAUCUAUUGUUCUUUUUACGGAAAGGCGAAACCGUAAUGGUGUUCGACCUUUACGUCUCUUUGAUUCUGAAAUUAAUGUGACUGAACAGGUAAAGUACGUUGGAGUCAUUCUUGAUUUCAAGCUUUCCUGGACACCUCACAUUGAGUUCAGAAUCAAGAAAGCUUGUAUGGCCUUCGGGCAAUGCCGGCGAACCUUUGGUACAACUUGGGGUCUAAAACCCAAGUAUAUCAAAUGGAUCUACACAACUGUUGUUCGGCCUAUAUUGGCCUAUGGAUGUCUCGUGUGGUGGCAAAAUGGCGAAAUGAUAGCGGUCCAAUCAAAGUUAGGCCAUCUCCAAAGGAUGUGCUUAAUGGCGAUGUCUGGAGCGUUCUCUUCAACUCCCACGGCAGCGCUCGAAGUUCUCUUUGACGUUGCUCCACUACACAUUCAUCUCAAACAAGAAACACUUUCUUGCACUUACCGUCUACGGGUACUCGGUCUACUAGAGGAAACUCCUGUGAACCGCACAUCAACACACACCUCCUUGUUUCCACUUUUGGUGAAUUGGGACAAAAUUGUCCUUGCUCCAAGUGAUCUUACAAUUGCUUGUAAUUUUCCAUAUAGGACAUUUUCCACGAAAUUCCCUUCCCGGGAAGAGUGGACAUCUGGUUAUCUGGAAAGAAGUAUUUCAGACGGCAUCGUAUGUUACACUGAUGGCUCCCUUCUCGAAGGUCGAGCAGGUGCUGGUGUUUAUUCUCGUGAGCUAAGGCUGUAUCAGUCUUACUCACUUGGUAGACACUGCACCGUUUUUCAGGCCGAAAUCUUUGCUCUUAUGUGCGGAGUGCAAUCAGCACUUCAGCAGCACAUAAUGGGCAAAGUAAUAUACUUCUGUUCAGAUAGCCAGGCUGCUAUUAAAGCACUUGCUUCAGCCAACUCCAGGUCGAAGAUAGUUUUCGCUUGUCGAACUCAAAUCGAGGAGCUGAAUUCAGCAAACGCUGUUCACCUUCCAAGGGUGGUGAAGUAUCUUACAAAUCUGUCAAAGCAGAACUGCAGCAUUCUGGUCAAAGCAUUGACUGGCCACUGCCGACUCAGCUAUCACAUGGCGAAUAUUCAGCAAGCUGAUUCAUUUGCAUGUGAUAGCUGUGAAUCCGAUUAUGGAACUUUGCGUUAGUAUCCUCUUCCAGGGUACUUUUCCUAUUUCCCUACCUGUCCUUAUCCCCAUCUCUAUCCUUAUUUCCUUCCUUUUCCUUCAGGUAGAUGAUGAAAUAGGCUAUUAUUUUGGCGAUGGCACAAAUGUCCCAAAUGGAGGAUAACGUGCCUCUGGAGCCGGCCUUCUGAAACCUUCUGAUACCUUCUGUAAAGGCGCAUUUCAUCUGCUUAUUAGUUACUUCGGAUAUCAAAUGAGUAUCGCUUAAACUUGCAUUCCAGAAAGAGUUGUUUUGGAAAAACAGCCUAUCAUUUAUGUAUGAAAGACUGUGUUUAUUUGUUUAUCAGGUGCAAUAAUGAAGUAUCCUAUUAUUUUUUCAUCUUCUUUUAGCAACUCUGUAUCAUCGGAGGAUUGUACACAAACUUUGUGUUUUGCUAGAAAUAUUUCUACAGUACGACUGUCAAAGCUGUCGCCUUGGUCUAUUAUCUAUUCACUUAUUUGUUUAUUCAGUAAUCUCAGUCACUAUAUUGAAGUUUUUAUCUCUUCAUGUCAUUUUAUUUAAUUUUAUCAUUUUACUAAUGAUUUCUAAAACUGUUUUGGUAAUUCCAUUACAAUGCACAACUGCAACAUGUUUAACUCAAGAAAGACAAAUCUCAAAAGUUAAUAAUCUUUCUCGAAUACGCUUAUAAAAGUUAUCAUUCUGAACUAUGACCUAUGUAGACAUGAAUAUAAUAAAAUAAUGAUUUACAGUCGUAUAAAGUCUUAUGAGUGUUAACUGAUAAUGCAAACGCACGCAACAGCUGCCGAUCC